AUGUCCGACUCGAUUCGCAUACCAGUACGCUUGUUUGUGGGGAAACUCCCUGCGGCAUGGAAUGAGCAGAACAUUCGCGAUUUAUUCGAGGCGUACGGUGAAGUGCAGGAGGUAGGCCUGAUCAGACCUAAAGAAAACGGCAAGCAGCAGACAGGCUGUGCAUUCGUUAAGUUUGGUGCUGUCCAUGAAGCCGCUACUGCGAUCAAAUCUCUUAAUGGAACUUACAAAGCUGACGAUGCCUCUGGCUUCGUUCAAGUGCAGUUCGCAAAUGGUGAGCCCGAGAGACUUGGCCUGCCCGAAGACACUGAGGGUUACUCUCAGAAGCUGUUCGUGGGCAAUGUGAGCAGUCUUCUUUUUGAAGCUAAGGCGAUGCUAUUCUUCCCUAGGUACGGUAAUGUCACCGAAGCUUACAGCCUGGAGUCUAAGCGGGCCAGCGGGAAUAAGGCAGCGUUCGUGAGAUUCUCGAAGAAGUCGGACGCUCUCAAGGCCAUUGACGCUCUUAACGAUAAGUACACCUUCCCUGGCGAGCCCCAUCCUAUUACGGUGAAAUGUGCUGAUACGAGAGAACAGAGGCUCGCGCAUAAACAGGAGUUUGAUUCUCAUCGUUUCCAAGGAGGUGGAGACAGACCUUUCCGAACUCCCGAUCAAGGAGGAUUCGAUAGAAUGCAACAAAUAGGAAGUGCUCCACGAGACGGUUUCCAAAGCCGAUCUGGAGGAUACCAACCACCUCCCCCACCACCCGCCGUAGCGCAGCCUCGUCGGGCUGGCCCUUGGACUGAAUAUCUCAACCAUCCAGACGGCCGAUAUUAUUACCACAACUCCCAGACGGGACAGACCCAGUGGGAGGUGCCCUUCGAGUUUCAAAACAUGGGUCCGCCUCCGCCACCUCCUCAGCAGCAACCUCAGAGUGCCGGGUUCCAACAAACCCCCCAGGGUGGUGUUAACCUAGGACCAGGCGGCGGCUAUGGUCAGAUGAACAUGUCCCUUUCGGGUCAGCAAUCUGGCAGAUCGCAACAGCAGCAGCAGCAGCAACAUGGCAAGAACGGCCCUCCGGGAGCCAACGUUUUCGUGUACAACAUCCCUGGCGAUUGGAAGGACGGUGAUCUCGCGAGGGAAUUUUCUUCUUGCGGGUCGAUUUCCACGACAAAGGUCAUUAUCGAUAACGCGACGAACCACUCCAAGGGCUAUGGCUUCGUCUCUUUCAAUGAAGUGCCAAGUGCUGUAACAGCCGUGAGAAAUAUGGAUGGUUUCACUACACAUACUGGAAAGCGGCUGAAGGUGCAGAUUAAGAAGGGCGAGGAGGAAGCUGCUGCUCAGAUCAUGGGAUUGUCGUUGAGUCAAAUUCGCGGAAUGAUGUCGCGCACGUACAAUGGUGCUGCUAUUGACCCUGAGGAAGAGGCGGUGCUGGUGACACGGGCGGGAAGUGUGCGAACUAAUGGGCGGUACUACAGGACGGACCGAACCAGCGUUGAAGGAGUAGUGAUGUACAGAAAGCCUGGCACUAAUUUGGGGCUGAUUUACUGGGAGGAUGGUAAGUGGUAUAUUGCUGAUUGUGGAGACGAGUUCAGCCCGGCUGGGGAGGACCAUCUGGACUUCUAUUCGGCCUCUGUUGUUGGACCGCGGAAAGAGAAAGUCCCAGAGAAAGGGUGGGCAGUUGAGGAAGAUGGUGUUGCUCCUGCCCCCGAAAUAUCAUUUGGAGACGACUGUACAGCGAAAGGCUCAGCAUCGAUAUUAAUGGGUAAAGUGAAGGUGGCCCUACGUCAAAGCGGUGAUGUGGUUUCUGAGGACCUUGUACUCGACUGUCGCUCAGCAAUCGCUCUUAACCCAACGUUUGAUGCAUAUUUCACACUAGCGACGAUACUAGAGAGGCUUGGGAAGGGAGAGGAGGCGUACGAGGCGAUAGCGGAACUCGGAGGUGCUGAGUGGAUAAAGCAUGGCGCGCCGGAGAACUAUUACGUUAUGGAGCAGCGGAAAGAAGCUAGUGAGCUGUUGGCGAGAGUGAGGGAUCCUAAUAAGGAGGAUAUCGCCCACCUUUGUAAAAUACUACUCGAUACGAGAAUCCAUCGAUUCACCGAUUUUAUGGUACGGGUAUCGAAAACACUGCGAGAUAUGCUCGAAUCGAAAGCAGGGCAUGGGUACUAUAUGGAUGAUACUAAUGACGACCACCACCACGAUGAUGAUGAUGGAUCGGUGACUACAGCGAGAGAGUAUGCGAGAAGACAGAGGGAGUUCAGAGAGAACGAUGGCGUUAGUGUGGCGCAUAACAUGAGGAUGCUAUAUAGGAAUAUAGAUAGAUUUACUUUCGAUACUCGAGAUGUGGCAUUGACGCGAACCAAACUGUUCUCGGCCGCUGAUGCAUUCCGUGCCUUUGCCACUCCGGAGGCUCAGAGACUUGAUAGCAAGGGCGUCGAUGCUACAUUCAAGAAGUUUUGGCAAACAGAUGUGCAAAAUGACGAUAACCCUUACGAAAGCACUGAGUCGAAAUUGAAAGACACUGACCCAGAGAAGGAAGACAAGUGCCCCGUCAUCAAGAACAUCAACGAAAGUGAGGACUUGGAGGCUGAGCAAGACCGUCAGGAGGCGUAUCGGAAACGCCUGUGGGAUGGUGGUAGACCAUGGGAGGUUGGCGAAAUCUCGCUGGGCACUUUACACGCUCACGACUGCAAUGCCCAGUUGAAGCUGAUAUCAGUGCAUGGCGUGGUAUUCGACGUUUCAGAAAAUCUAGACAAAUAUGCACCAGAUGGAGAGUAUUUCUUUUUCGCUGGUCGGGACAUCACUUGGCCGCUCGCCACGAGUGCCCUUAACGGCGAGUACGCGGACCAGUUCUACAACCUCACUCCAGCUAUGCGAAAGAAGGUUUACGGUUGGAUGGAGUACUAUGAGAAGAAAUACAAAGUCGUGGGAUAUCUGGACAAGUACCAUACGGAGGAGGAAUUCCCGGAACCUCCUCCAGAGGACCAACAACCUGAGAUGGAGUGUACGAUCAUGUGA